ACAUAAUUUUUUACUAUAUACUGAAGUAAAAUUUUAUUUAAAUUUGAAAUUUUCCGUUUAAUUAAUUUUUAUGUACAGCUUGGCUGUAAAUUGGUUAUCAAUGACCAAUUUUGUUGGUGUUCAUUAUAAAAUGUAAAAAAUUUUUAUUAGUUAAAAUAAUUUUUUAACUGUUCUCAACUAUACAUUAUUCUUAAUCAUCAUUACUCUACAAAUUAUGGUCGAGGUUUCAAUAGAGCCUAUUUUAUCAACUUCAGCUGAAGAGAAGUCACUGUUGAUUGAUAAUAUUAAUUUAGAUGCCAUUGAAGAUUUAAACGGGUUUUUAAAAAAAAACCCUGUAUUUUAUAAUGUUUUUAAAUGUUUAAGAUGUGAUCUGACAUUUAAUACAGAUAAAGAGUUUCACGAUUGUCAACCUCUACCCUUAAAUAUUAAUAAGCAAACAAAAUUAAAAAGAGUAUUUAAGUGUUCGAUUUGUGACAAACACUAUAAUUUUCCCUCUUUGGCUAUUGUUCAUUUGCAACGUCAUCAAAAACAAAAUGCUAAAAAGUUAGUCUGUGCUUGUAAUAUUUGCUGUAAAAAAUUUAAUACUUCUAAAGAAUUAAAAGAUCACAAUGAAAAAGAACAUAAUAUCAUUCAAUAUCAGUGCAAUAUCUGUGAUAAACUCUUUAAACAAGCUAGAAAUCUUCAAUAUCAUAAAAUGAGCCAUUCAGGAGAUAAACCAUUUCAUUGUGAACGUUGUGGACAUAAGUUUUCAAGAGCCGAUCAUUUAAAUCGACAUAAAAGAGAUAAUUGUGACCAAAUUGAAUUUGAGUGUGACUUAUGUGGCAAAGUUUAUAAUACAAAAAGAGGAAUAAGAACACAUUUAAAAGUUCAUUAUGAUAGUCCAAAACCUGGAACAGUUUGGGCUCUAUACACAGAAUCAGGUGAAAAAUAUUAUGAAUGCACAUUGUGUAAUAAAAUACUUACACAGUUUUCAAGAUUCAAAGAACAUAUCCGAACUCAUACUGGAGAAAAACCUUUUGAAUGUAAAAUAUGUAGUAAAAAAUUCACAUGUCAGUAUAAAUUAAAACUGCAUGGUGAUGUUCAUACAAGUGACCGACCUUAUAAGUGUGAUCAUUGUGAGUUGCAGUUCAAAAAUCGCCGCUAUUUGAACAAACAUAUGCACAAACAUAGUAAACAAAAACGUUACCAAUGUCAAAUUUGUGAUAAAGAAUUUCAAUGGUACAAUAGUUUAAAAUAUCAUUUAGAUUCUCAUACUGGUGACAAGCCAUAUGCUUGUGUUGAGUGUGAUAAAUCUUUUACACACCUUAGCACACUCAUAACUCAUCAACGUACUCAUAGCGGAGAAAAAAACUUUGAGUGUAACAUUUGCAAUAGAAAAUUUGCUCAACAAAGCACUUUAAAAAACCACCUUGUAACUCAUAGUGAAGAUAAACCUUAUAAAUGCCACUUAUGUCCUGUACAGGUUGGUAGCUGUGCAUCUUUAAAAACCCAUUUAAAUACUCAUGGUGGAGAUUAUCAAUGCAAUAUCUGUGGUGGUACGUUUAUUCAGUUUUCUAUCCUAAGGUCUCAUGAACGUAAGAUUCAUGGAAAAAAAGAUUUUUAUGACUGUGAAAUUUGUGAAGAAAAAUUUAACUCAAAACUUCAAAUGAAAGAACAUCUUAGAAUAUCUCAUAAUAUUAGUAUUACUAUAACAACAAUUAGUUAAAAAAUAAAUUGUUUAAAUUUAUGAUUUUUUUUUCUCAGAUAGAUCUUAAUAAUUAAAGAUGUAUGAAAGUAUUUUAAAAUCAAAUAAAAUUUUAUAGGUGUUGUAAACUAUACAAAAAAAUUUGAACUAUUCUAUAAAUCUACUUAAUAAA